AUGUCCAUCUUUCGGUCCCAUGGUUGGAGCCGAAGCUUUUCAUCUGCACUUCAGAAGUCUGCCACAGCGGAACUUCGAAUCCGGCCGACUCCGAGCCGCCCCGCGCCUGCCGCGCCUGCCGCGGCGGCCCAUGGUGUGUCGCUGCAACGGAGGGAAGCGCCGCAGAGAGCUGGGGCUGGCCGGAAGUCCUUGCUCAAGACUGCUUUGGAGGUGAGAAACUCACCACUGCCGGAGACAAAGAUGGACCGUAUGUCUGAGAUCACACUUCGAGGCUCAGAGACUGAGGACAGCGCGGUGAUGUCCAACGGCCUCAGUGUGGCGGAACGGCGGGUGGUCCAGGCCCAGAGACGCGCAGAGGUGAUGAUGGAAAACACUGAGCUCUUGGAGAUGCAACCAGAUCGCCUUGGUCUUCAACAAGAUCUCCUGAGCGCUUCGAGCGUUGGCCGCAUCUUGGCCCUUUGCUCCAGCGAGGAGCUGCAACAGAUGGAUGUGGUGAACCUGGUGACGGCAUGUCAGCGAAUCGCCAAGCUACACCAUGGCAGCAAUGCCUUCCUCAAAGAAAAUCCACGUUUCGAGUGGUUGAUGGAGCAGACAGGAAAGAAGUUGUCAGACUUGAAACCACGGGGGAUGGUGCAUGUCCUGUGGUCCUUAGUGAAGUUACAGCAUUUUCCAGGCUGGUUCCACCAGCUCUUGGAUCUCUGUCAGAGCAACCUGAGCUCCUUCACCGGACGCGACUUGAGUGUAGUCCUUGGCGCCUUAGCCAAGUGCAGAGCCGAUCCAAAACUCAAGGAGAUCGCGGUGGCCGAGUUGAAGAUGCGGCUGCCCAAACUGCAAAGCCCCACGGACAUCGCCUGUGUGGCGGCUGCCCUGUGUCGCUUGCAGCAGAGAGAUGAAUUGAUUUUCGCCACCCUGGCGGCCAAUGCGCAGAAGAAUCUCUCGGACUUUGGGAUGUCUGACCUACUGUCGGUGCUGUGGGCCUUUGCCACCAUGAAUCUGACCCAUAGCGAUCUCUUCGCGGAAGUUCGUGGAGUUCUACAUCAUGAAGCUGAAAAUUGUUCUCCGAAGGAACUGACACAAAUCACGUGGGCCCUGUCGCGUCUGAAAGAGGCCGACGAGGACUUGUUGUGCAACGUGAUUGCUCCGGUGGUGCGAUCCAAGUUGAUGGACUUCGAGGUGCCCCGGGAUUUGUGCACACUUGCCUUUGCGUAUAGCAAUGCGAAAGUCAUGGACGAAGGUCUCUUCUCAGACUUGGCGCAUGUUCUAUCUUCCAAAGUGAGGCUUAUGAACGCUCAUGACAUCUCCAGUGUGGUGGCAGCCUUUUCCACCAUCGAAUAUGCCCACAAGAGUUUGUUCAAAGCGCUGCAGAGGCAAACCAAGGCGACCUUGAAGAGCUUCUCGCCCUUGCAGCUAGCGCGCAGCAUCCACGGCUUCGGCAUUGCCGGCGUGGAGGAUCCCUCGUUGUACAGGCAGCUCUGCAACGAAGUCAUGAAGAAACGGAAAGAUCUACACGCAAAGAACAUCGUGGAGAUCUUAAUUGGUUUGGCGGAAGCGGAGUUCGUUCCAGAGAGUGCUAUGACACUGCUUCAGGAUGUUGACGUGGCCCAAUGGUUGGAUGCCAAUGAUUGCAUCCAGGCCCUUCACGCCCUGGCACGCUUGCCGCAGUUGGAGUCGAAAGCAUUCCGGGGCGAAGUGCUGAAAGUGAUCAGAAAGAAGUCACAAGGCUGGUGGCGCUUGGAGAUCAAUGACAUGGCAGACCUGAUGGAAGCCAUGGUGUCUUUGAAGAUCGAAGAUACCAUCCUCUUGAAGCUCUCCCUGGGUCAGCUGCCACGUCUCCUCUCCAAACGCUCCAGCGCCGGAGCCUUCCUGCGGCUGUGGGGUGCCCUGUCAGAGCUGCCGCCGCCCGGGCGGCAGAGGAUCAUGGAGGAGCUGCAUCGCAACAUGCGCUUGCGGAAAGCGGUGGAAGCGAACAUUCAACAAGCCGUGUCGGGGAUUCGCAGAUUGAUCGAUGAGGACGCUGAUGCUGCCAACAACGCAGCCGAUGCAGCCCUGAAAGGAUCUUCUCAGCUGAUGAUCGCUUCUGCAUCAUUGGGAUGGGAUCUGCAAUUGCAAGACUUGGUGGACAUCAUUACCUCGUUGCUGCCUGUGUCGUCCAUGGAAAGCCGCAGCUACCGCGAGCUCGCUUGGGCCUCCUAUGAAUUGGGCCUGCAGGACUUAGCCCGGCAGUGCCUGGAGAUUUGCAGCCCCAACGGCCCCAACGGCCCCAACGGCCCCAACUUUGUGGAGCUCGAUGGCUUCGAUCCGAGCUCUUUUCACGGCGCGAGGUCAGCGCAGGUCAGCGAUCACUUUGCAACGUGGCCUUCGCCUUUCGACAAGGUUGAGGAAGUUUCGCAAGCAUUGCUUCAGAUGGACUUGCCCCACGAAAAACACCUACGGAUCUCGAACUUGGACGUAGAUCUCAGAUUGCAGCAAGACACUCUGGUCUUUGUCUUGGCUCCAAAGCACUUGACGACUUCGGGCCAACCCCUUGGUUCCACAGUGGCAAGACGUAGGCAACUUCAAGCCCUGGGCUUCGACUGUGUGGAGAUCAGCUACCAUGAAGUCGAUGCAGCCGAGAAAGCGGGCAACCUGCAGGUGGUCGCUGAGGUUGAAGCAGAAGCCGAGAUGCAGCGCCCGUUGGAAGAUAUGCCUGCCAAUGCCACGAAGCCAGAUAGCAAUUUGCCCACCUGCUACUUCCUGGCCACGGCCGGUACCAAGACCUAUGAGGGAGACUACCACUGGAUGAUCGAGUUGGAGAAAGGUUGGAGCCCAUGGAUGCCAGGGAACGAGCCCUUCGACGGCAGCACGGAUCAACCACUUCGUUAUACUCUGGGCAGGUACGACUUUGAGGUGCACUUUGAAAAUGACUCCGCCGGCAUCCAGACCAACUUGACCACUGGAAAGGUGCGUCGCAUCCAACGUUUGCAGAAGGGCGAAGCCGCCCCAGCCUGGGAGGGCACCGGGACGCGUCGCCGCGUGGCCAAGACCACGCAAGGAGCAGCGGCAGGUGCCUCCCUGAACUCCGCUCCAAAGACCUCCGCGGCGCAAGCAGCGCAGGCGAACCGCGCCCAGCGCCGCCAGGGCGCCGGCGCGGCGGGAUACGUCCCGGGAGGACCUCAUGUGAAAGUGGCCGAAACGCAACGCCCCGCGCUGUCGCAAGCGGCCGCGGCUUACAAGCCGGGCACCGCUCCCGGCGCCCCGGCACCAGCUGGGGACAGAUAUUCCGUGCCUCGAUACAUGCGACCCUUGAAGGGAAAGGCGUGA